AUGGUGUCCCCAAUGCCCCCGGCGCCGACGCCGCCCGGUGGCAGCAUGCCUUCAAAUGGUGAUCGCAGCAACAAUCUGCUGAAUCUGCUCAAAUUCAGCGGUGCUGGCGGUCAAGCUUCGCAAGCUGCCCAGGCUCGCCAGGAAGGCUACCAGCAGCACAAGCACCAGCAACAGUCGCCGCAGCCGCAGCAAUCGCAGCAGCAGCACUACCAGCAGUCGCCGCAUCACCAGCACCAGCAGUUGCAUCAAUCCCAGCAGUCGCAGCCUCAGCAGCACCACCAUCAUCACCAGCAGCAGCAGCAGCACCACCAACACAGCCACGAACCUUCCUCAACGAUGUCUUCGUCCGUUCCGACCCAGAUCAUCGCACCCGCCCGCGCCCCUGCCGAUCCUACCGGCCUGCUCGCCGCUCUGAUGAAAGGAGCACACGAUGGCGAGGAGUCGCGACAAGAGCCGCCCCAAAACGGCUCCUUCUCGACUUUCGGCGCAUCGUCGCCCCCCGACGAUACCCGCGCCUACCUGCUGAACCUACUGAACCGCCCGAAGCCCAGUCAGAACGACAUGCUUCUGGCCGAGUCAACUCGUUCCAAUGCCCCGCAGACCGGCGAGAACAUCCUCCAGAGGGUCCUGGCCGAAGCUGGUCAAGCUCCCAACGUUCACGUGCCCUCCAACUCGUUCGAGUAUGACCCCAGCGCCUAUGGUCAGCCCAGUGGCAACUACGGCACAUACUCGUUCCCUUCGACUCAGGAUUCGAACCUGCAUGUCGCCCAGCACCAACAGUAUGGCUACAAUGCCAACAGCAGCAACGGUCUCGAGGAGUCCCAGAUUACCUCGCCACACGACCGCACACCCAAGUCCGGUUCCAUCUCAGGUAUCGCCCCACCUCAGUCUGCUGGCCAGUCGCCUGCCGGUCCGGCUUUUCAGAUUCUCAAAAAGACCCACGACUCGCCGAGCUCUCAUCACUCCCAUCACGGUGGAGAAGCCAAGCGCAUCAACAACGAGCGCAGCCCUCUCGCCAGCCCUGAGCGUGUCCGCCACAGCAUUGAACACGGUUCCUCGCCCGCAGACAAGCUUGCCAACCCCACGCCUGGCUCGACCGCCUCGUACGUGAGCGCCGCCCCGUCUGCUGGCGAGAGGAACAAGGAGACGGUUUCCGAGGCAAUCCACGACAUUGCCCAGCAAGCCGACUACGAGGCUCAGCAAGCUCUCGCCCGCGCUGAGGAAGAGCAGUCGCGGCCGGAUUACAUGCAGGACCUCGAGGACAUGGACUCGGCGCGGACCCAGAGGGAGUUCGAGGAGAGCGCCCACCAUGCUGCCCAGGCCAUCAAGAAGGAGCUCGACCGCGAGGAAAAUAGGGAUAUCCUCGAAAAGGUUGUCUCCGCCGAGGUGGCCGAGGAGGUCCGCGAGAUAAUCGAGGAGGCUGCUGGUCAAGCCGUUGCCGACAGCUGGGAGAGCGCGGACCAAGAUGAGAUCGUGGUGAUUGAGGAGGAAACUCCCUCACCCGUCAAGGUCUUCAACUUUCCCAUGAAGCCUUGGAUCUCGAUUGCUCUGCAGGACGGCGCCACCGAGCCCCGCCCCCAGUUCCGCGAUGAGGCCAUCAUGGACAUCGCCCGUCUGAAGAAGGAGUUUGACCAGAUUGACCGCAACCUCUACACCGCCACCGAGAACUACAUGGCCUACGGUAUGUCCAAGGCCGGUGGUCUUCGCGUCAUCCGACAGGACGAUGGCAAGGAUGCCAAGAUCUUCACCGACACCAAGGACCGCAUCUUCAAUGUUGCCAUGUCUGUCACCCCCCCUGACCAUACCAGCACCCACCGCGAGGCCAUUAUCGGCACGGGCAUCAGCGGUACUGUUUACUGGGUCCAGAUCAAGAACGGCGAGAAGGAUCACAUUGAGGAUGCUCACCCGGAGCAGUACGGCUUCGCCCUGCCCCCCAUGGCUUCGCACGAAGGUGGUGACGCCCCCGGUGGUGUCCUCAAGACUCGCGCCCGCCCCUCGACGAUCCACCCAGAGUUCUUCGCUGUUGGCCGCGGCAAGUCCAUCAAUGUCAUUUGGCCCACAUUCAUCAUGAAACACAACCUGCUUAAGCCUGGUCACGACCGUGUCGUCGACACGGAGAAAUUGGCCAAGCAAUGUUCGUUGAAGAUCAACACCGGUAAGGCCGGCAAAGACUUCACCUUCAGUCAGGACGAUAGCGUGAUAGUGUCUCUUGACAAGUCUGGACGUGUCAAGUUCUGGGACGUCCGCGACCUUACCGCUGCCAAGGAGGACAGCGACCCCCGCGGGCCAACACCUGCCCACACCUCACUCGAGAUCAAGGAGCCUCUCAUGACCCUGACUAGCACUCCGGAGGGUGAAAAGGCCUGGCCCACGUCCGUUCUCCUUGUCGACAAGCUUCGCCCGUAUCAGAAGCGCUGUGCUCUGCGUUACAUGAUUAUUGGCAUGAAGCAGAACCACACUCUUCAGCUCUGGGAUCUUGCUCUCGGCAAGCCUGUCCAGGAGUUCAACCUCCCCCACAGCAAGGAGUCUGACGCCGUCUGCAGCGUCAUGUAUCACCCUCCGACCGGCAUGCUGAUUAUCGGCCACCCAACGCGCAACUCCAUCUACUUCGCGCAUCUGUCGGCUCCUAAGUACAACUUGAAGAGCGUAUCCCAGGUGGAGUACAUCCAGCGUUUGGUUGCCCAAGAUGCCACCAUUCCUCAACCUGACUCGACGGCUGUUAUUAGCGGUGUCCGUGAGUACUCGUUCGCGAACCGAGGAAUCCUGCGCAGUCUCGACAUCCUUGCCAACCCGGCCAUGGCCCAGGAGACUGACGAGCCCACUCUCUUCGAGCUAUAUGCCAUGCACUCCAAGGGCGUUGCUUGCCUUUUAAUCAAGCAGGCGGAGCUUGGAUGGACCAAAGACAACAAGGUUUUGUCCCCGGUCGAUGCCGUGGAUGCUGGUGUUGUUACCAUAUCGAAGUUGAAGCCUCCUGUCAGCCAACCUGUCGAGCCCAGCCACCAGCAUGCCGAUGCUGCUCAUCCCUCGUCCCGCAAUGUUGCCAAGGAUUCACUGCUCCAGACCACUCCUUCGCAAGACGAAAACAUGCCUCGCCGUGGCCCCGAGUCUGUCACUCCGGUCAAGAUCGCCAAAGCGGAGUCGAAGGACGAGGAGACACCCAUUCCUGCCCCCGCCCCUGCUAAGGAAGAGAAGCAGGAGCGCAAAAGCCGCAAGAAGAAGGCAGCUGCCGCCGCCGCCGCCGCUGCCGCCGCCGCUGGCAACGACGCUCAAACCAACGGUUCCCCUCGUGUAAACCCUUCCAACAACAACUCCAAGGACGCGGGCAAGUCUUCUGCCAACAACUCCAACUCGAUUACCCAGGAUUCUGUCGAGGCCGCAAUUAGCAGUAUGGAGACUCGGUUGCAGAACGGGUUCAACAGUUUGCUCAAUUCGUCCUUUAAGACGCUUCACGGCCGCAUUGACGAUGGUCUGCGCGCUCGCGAGGCCGACUUCGACGAACGCCAGCUUAAGCUCUUGAACAUGGUAUCGGAAGUCCUCAACGAGAACACACAGAAGGUGCUCGAGGCGCUCAUCCAGGAGCAGUUUAGCAAUGCCGUCAUCCCCACAAUUGCCAGUGUUGCGGGCAAGGCCGUCUCUGACCAGUUUACCAAGAGCAUGAACGCCCAGGUCUCGCAGUCCGUUCAGAAGGAGAUUCACAAGGCCCUCCCUUCUGCCACUCAGCAUGCGCUGCAGAACGGGGACUUUGUCAAGGCCAUCUCGGACAGAGUAGGGGCCACUGUCUCAGCCAACGUCCAACAAGAGGUUGUCAACACCUUGACCUCCCGCCUGGGUCCUUCGUUCACCAACAUGGCGGCCCAGGCCUGCCAGCGGGUUGCCGGUGAGCUGCAAAAGCAGCACCGCGGCGAGAUGGAGGCCCUCAAUGCUCAGCGUCUUGCCGAGAGCAACAAGGUUGACCAGCUGUCUGCUAUAGUGACUCGUCUUACUGGCACGAUCUCGAGCAUGGCCGCGGCGCAGGAGCAGUUCCAGAACGAGUUCCUCAAGUUUCAACAGCAAAUGAUCCGCGUCCAGGCACAGGCUCAGCAGCAGCAUCCUCAACAGUUGUCACACCACCAUGCGACCCCUUCCUACAACGCUCCUUCUGUUGUUAGCCAGGUUCCCAGCCAGGUUCCGAGCCAGCUCCCCAGCCAGUCUUACAGCAACGUCCAGAGCCCCGAUCGUGCUUCGCAACACUCGAUGAGCUACGGCCACUCGCAGGCCCUGACGGUUGCUAAGCCUAACACCAACGAACAUGACGCUGACUUGCAGGCCCGCAUUGCCGUUAUCAACCAGUCAAUGAGGGAGGGCCGUGCCGAAGAGGCCGUCGUCCGUUGGAUGCAGUCUGGACGUGAACAGGAAGUUUUUGAAAAGUACAUGUCGAAGUACAGCCCCGAGUUUGUUCGCAACCUGCCUCACCUCGUUCUCCUGACGGUGACUGCAACUGUCAGCUUGAACCUGGAAUCUCACACUCGGGAAAGGAUCGCGUGGCUUGAGAUGGUUGUGCACAGCCUCCAGGUCUCUCUCGGCAACAUGGAUGAGGAUGCUCGCGCGGUUACGCCAAAGAUUAUGGGUAUGCUGGUUGCCCGUGUUGAGGGGCUCUUCGUCCGCAUUAGCAGCACGUCGGGUAAUGACCCGGUCCUGAAGAAUCUCUCGCAGAUCAUCGUCAAUGCAAAGCGCGUCAUCGACGCUUGCCAAGACGAGCAGCAAUACGCUUGA